CCUUGGCCUUGGCCAGUGGUGGCCGCGCACGGGACCGAGGCGCACGCACGCACGCAGACGCAGACGCAGACGACAGGACUCUCGCCAUCAGGGGAGAGAUAGAGAGGGAGGCGACGAGCGAUGGCGGCUGGGACGGGCAGGGUGCUGCCGCUGCUGGCCGUGGCGGCGGCGCUCGCCGCCGCGCUCCUCUACACGGCGCCCUUCUCCAAGAGCCUGGGCGGGGAGGGGUGCAGCCUGCUCCCGCACGGCCACUUCUGGAUCGCCAGCCAGCGGGUCGUCGCGCUCGGCCGCGUCGGCCCCGCCGCAGUGGAGGUGAAGGAAGGUCUGAUCAACGCCAUCGCCGUCGGGGACUACCGGAGCUUCGUGCUCCGCCGCCCGCUCGUCGACUACGGGGACGCCGUCAUCAUGCCCGGGCUCAUCGACGUGCACGCGCAUCUCGACGAGCCUGGACGGGAGGAGUGGGAGGGGUUCUCCACCGGCACAAGAGCCGCGGCCGCAGGUGGCAUAACUACGUUGGUGGACAUGCCUCUCAACAGCUUCCCUUCAACAGUCUCUGAAGAAACUCUCAAACUCAAGGUGGAUGCAGCUCGAGAUAAGCUAUAUGUUGAUGUCGGGUUUUGGGGAGGCCUUGUACCCGAGAACGCCUUGAACCCAAGCAAAUUGGAGAGUCUACUGAAUGCAGGAGUGCUAGGACUUAAGUCUUUUAUGUGCCCCUCUGGUAUCAACGACUUCCCCAUGACAAAUUCAACUCACAUCGAGGAGGGCCUCGUUACAUUGGCAAAGUACAAAAGACCCUUACUUAUCCACGCAGAGCGCAUACCGGAUGUCACAAGUGACGAGGAGCUCGAUGGCGAACUAGAUCCUCGAUCUUACGCAACAUAUCUGAAUUCUAGAACUCCAGCAUGGGAGGAAUCAGCGGUUAGAGAUUUGAACCGUGCCAUGAAGGACACCGAGGUUGGAGGCCGGUCAGAAGGAGCUCAUCUUCACAUCGUCCAUCUCUCAGAUUCAAAAACUACCCUCGACCUUCUGAAGGAUGCAAAACACAGCGGCGCAAAAGUCACUAUAGAAACCUGUCCUCAUUACCUCGCAUUUUCGGCUGAGGAAGUUCCAGAUGGGGACACUCGUUUCAAGUGCUCUCCUCCCAUACGUGACGCCGCCAACAAGGAAAACCUCUGGGAGGCCCUGCUUGAUGGUCACAUCGACAUGCUCAGCUCAGACCACUCGCCGUCGACUCCUGAUCUCAAGCUAAUGGAGGAAGGCAACUUCAUGAAGGCAUGGGGAGGUAUCUCAUCUCUGCAGUUUGUCCUCCCUGUAACAUGGUCACAUGGGAAAAAGUAUGGCAUCACCCUGAACCAGCUAGCCUCAUGGUGGAGCGAGAAGCCCGCCGAGCUCGCGGGGCAGAAGAACAAGGGGUCUAUUCUGCCGGGGUACCAUGCCGACAUCGUGGUGUGGAAACCUGAGGCGCAGUUCCAUCUCGACGACACCCAUGCCGUAUAUCACAAACACCGGAACAUCUCAGCUUACCUAGGGAAGGAGCUAUCCGGCAAGGUCCUGUCGACGUUCGUGAGGGGGAACCUAGUGUUCGCCGAAGGGAAGCACGCCGGGGCCGCCUGUGGCGCCACCAUCCUCGCCAAAAGCUCAGGCGUGCGUAAACGAUGGGAGAAGGCGUAUUCCUCGUGCUGGCUGAACGCGGCCGCGUGUUCCAACUCCCACCUCCGUCUCCGGCGGGAAGCGGAGACCUCCCGCUCUCCCACUACCAUUCCGGCGGCCAUGGCCACCGCCUCCGCCGCCGCCGCAAACCUCUACCUCCGCCUGCCGUCGACACUCCCCUGUACAGUUUCCUUCCCCACCCGCCUCUCGCGCAUUCCACGCGCUCCGCCGCGACGCCUCAGGACGGCCGCCUCGCGAACCCUAGCACCGCCCGCCACAUCGGAAGUCCCGGAGGCGGAGGAGCUGCGGCUGGAGGCUGAGUCCGCGCUGGAAUGGGACGGCGUGUGCGCGCGGCUGGCCGACUUCGCCGCCACCGCCGCGGGCCGCGCCGCCUGCGGGGAGGGCCGAGUCCCCGUCGGCCGCAGCCGGGAGGAGAGUGAGCGGCUGCUCGAGCAGACCGCCGCCGCGUCGCUGCUUACGGCGCCGCUGGAUUUCGGCGGCGUGGGCGACGUGUCCGCCGUCGUCGCCGCGGCCGCCCGUGGCCGGCUGCUCGCCGUGCGGGAGAUAUGCGGCGUAGGGCGCAGCCUGCGGGCCGCGCGCGGGGUGUUCGACCAAGUGAAGAGGCUCGCCGAGGAGAUGCCAGCAGAUGGGAGGUACUCCUCUCUUCUGGAUAUACUGCAGGGCUGCGACUUCUUGACAGAACUUGUAAAAAUGAUCGAGUUUUGCCUUGACUCCAAUCUCUCUAUGGUCCUUGAUCGGGCCAGCGAAAGACUAGGAGCGAUCCGCAAGGAAAGGAAGAUGAAUGUCGAGAUGCUAGAAUCCCUGUUGAGAGAUACAUCCGUGAAGAUUUUCCAGGCAGGCGGGGUUGAUAGUCCUGUGGUCACUAAGCGCCGCUCUAGAAUGUGUGUUGGUGUUAAAGCUUCGCACAAACAUUUGGUGCCUGGUGGAAUUGUUCUGAGUUCAAGUGGCUCUGGUGUGACCUACUUUAUGGAGCCAAGGGAUGCUGUCAAGCUGAACAACACUGAAGUAAAACUCUCAGGAGAUGAGAGAGCUGAGGAGUUGGCGGUAUUGGGCUUACUAACUUCAAGAAUAGCAGAGUCCCGGAUGAAGAUCAGGCAUUUGAUGGGGAAAAUAUUGGAGCUGGACCUGGCUUGUGCCAGAGGUUCAUAUGCCCUAUGGAUAAAUGGCGUGAGGCCUGCCUUCAGUGACAGGGAUAGCAGUAGUGAAUCGGACCCAAGUGGCGCAUAUUCAGUAUUUAUUGAAGGCAUUCAACAUCCUUUGCUCCUUGAACAGUCCCUUGGUACUGUAGAAGAAUUGUCCACUGAAGCAACUGAAGUGGGGAAAGAACAGCUAUCUGAAGACCACCCUGUCCCUUCAAUGCCUGUUCCAUUGGACAUGCAUGUGAAGAACAAUACUAGGAUAGUUGUGAUCUCCGGACCUAACACUGGAGGCAAAACUGCUACUAUGAAGACCUUGGGACUGGCCUCUCUUAUGUCAAAAGCUGGAAUGUUCUUCCCGGCCAAAGGAAGGCCUAGGCUUCCAUGGUUUGAUCAGGUUCUUGCAGACAUUGGUGACCACCAGUCUCUGGAGAAUAGCCUCUCUACCUUCAGCGGGAACAUAUCACGUCUUCGCAAGAUUGCACAAGUUGUAUCAACAGAUUCGCUUGUUCUUAUUGAUGAGAUUGGCAGCGGUACUGACCCAUCCGAAGGUGUAUCCCUUUCAACUAGCAUUUUGAAGUAUCUUGCUAGUAGAUUAAACUUGGCCGUUGUGACAACCCAUUAUGCUGAUCUAAGCCGUCUUAAGGCUGUUGAUGAUCGAUUUGAGAAUGCUGCAAUGGAAUUUUGUUUGAAAACUCUGAAACCAACAUAUCGAGUAUUAUGGGGAAGUACCGGUAAUUCGAAUGCAUUGAGCAUUGCAAAGUCAAUUGGCUUUGAUCAGAAAGUACUCGAUCGUGCACAAGAAUGGGUUGAGAAACUAUUGCCUGACAAACAAAAGGAACGCCAAGGUUUACUUUAUGGCUCUCUGCUGGACGAAAGAAACCUUCUGGAGUCCCAGGCAAAUGAAGUAGCAUCUGUUCUUUCAGAGGUUGAGGAUCUUUACAAUGAGAUUCGCUUAGAAGCUGAUGAGCUAGAUAGCCGAGUAGCUGCUUUGAAGGCAAAAGAGUCUCAAAAGGUGCAACAAGAGUUGAAGUCUGUAAAGUCUCAGAUGGACCUUCUAAUCAAGAACUUUGAAGUUCAGUUAAAGAAUUCAAAACUUGAACAGUACAACUCAAUAAUGAGGAAAGCAGAAUCUGCGACCGCCUCAUUGGCUGCUGCUCAUCAGCCAACUGAGUUUGCUGUCAGCGACGAUGAAAACAAGAGUUCAUAUGUUCCACAAAUUGGAGACAAAGUGUAUGUGGAAGGCCUGGGAGGGGGGAGUAUGGCCACUGUUGUUGAGAUACUCAGUGAAGAUGGGAGCUGUAUGGUUCAGUAUGGAAAAAUAAAGGUCCGGGCCAAGAAUAACAAGAUGAAGUUGGCCCAGAGAGACACGAAGGAAACAUCGGCUUCUUCCUCGGCACAAGGAAAGGGACGAGCGCAGAAGCGGUCUCCGGCGGGGACUGCGGCUACUGGCAGUGUGUCCUUUGCCCCGGCGGUGCAGACGUCGAGGAACACGGUGGACCUGCGGGGGAGGCGGGUCGGGGAGGCGUCUCACGAGCUGGAGAUGGCGAUCGACGAGUGCAGGCCAUACCAGGUCCUCUUUGUGGUCCACGGCAUGGGCACCGGGGCGGUGAAGGAGUGCGCGCUCGACGUGCUCCGGAGCCAUCCCCGGGUGGUGAGGAUCGAGGACGAGAGCCCGCUCAACUACGGGUGCACCGUCGCCUACAUCGAGUGAAUGAAGAUACAAAUCGGUGGCGGCAUCGCUACCUACAGCAGGGACAGCUCGUCAGCUCUACAUCACAGAUCACACACAACAGAGUUCUCCUGCGUGUUGUAGAAAAAAAAAUCACACACACACACACACACAAACACAGUAGAGUUGGAACUUCAUACAGAAGGAAAAGAAAAUAAUGCAACAGAGUUUCCCUGGCCCUGUUUACAAUCCAUCCACGAGGUGGAAAUGGAAUUGAGCCGGCCUGGUGACAUUGGAAAAAGAGGUUAGAGGGACACGGGCUGUGGUGGCCCAGCCAGAGUCAGGGAUUAAUGUAAUGGGCACUGUGCUGGUUGAUUCUGGUGGAUAUACGAUGGCGCCAUUCAAGUUUGCCCCGCAGAAUCAAAAUCGAACUAGAUGCAGAUUGGUGGGUAGGUUCAUGCAUGCACAUGCGCUUCUCUGGACCGAUGCGAUGCAUGGGCGCACGCAUUCUUUUUGUAUGCCGAGGUCUCAUCUUUCAUCAGUUUGUUUACUAUA